AGGAAGAUCAGCCCCUGAUGUAGCAGGAAAAUCAGCCCCAGAUGAAGCAGGAAAAUCAGCCUCAGAUGAAGCAGGAAAAUCAGCCUUGCACUGCAAACAAAACUAAUGAAAAGACUGAAUUAGACAGCUGGGCUUCAGAAUGUGAGGAAGAUUUGGCAGAGUGUAAAGAAGAUUGUGCUGAGUCUGAAGAAGAUUGGCCAGAAGUAGAAAAUAUGUUUCAUUUUGAUCCUCAAGACUUUGAGAUCUUUGAUGUUCCUGAGGAGUGCAAGCUGAGCAAUCUUGACCUGCGUGGUGUUCCCCUCAUGGUGUAUCCAAGGACAUACCACAGACGUGUAGAGGAGGAGCCAACCCCUCUUCCCACUCCAGAGCUGUCACUUACACCCAGCUUGCUGCAAGCAAAUUUUGACUUCAUUGCUAGCCUGGAAAAACUCCACUUCCCCGAGCUGCCACCGUUUCCAGAUUACUUUUAUGAGGAGCAGGAAUGUUGUAAUGGGUUUUAAAUUUCAUGUAGUUCUGUAUUUCAAUAAAAGCUAAUAUAACAUGCA